AUGUUUCUAGCAGUUUUAAUAUUCUUUAUUUCUGCAUUACUAGGUGUUUUAUCAUGGUAUUUUGUAAAUAAAUAUUCAACCAACAAUAACUAUAAUAACAACAAUAACAAUAACAAUAACAAUAACAAUAACAUUAACAAUAACAAUAACAAUAUCAACAACAACAACAAUGGUUUAUUCAGCAACAACACCUACCCACAACAAUCUACACCAAUCCAUUAUACUGUUCCAUUAAAUAUAAAACAAAACCAACAAAAUCAAAUUUCUCAACCACAACAUCAAAAUCAACAACAACAUCAACAACAACAACAAAUUCCAUUUCCAAGGGUUCAAUCUAACCAUAACCCAUCUAUUAAAAAAAGAAACUCAUCUUAUUCUGCUCCUGAUAUGGUUUUAGCAUCUGUUCAACCCCAACAACACCCAGAACCAUCUAUUAUUCCACCAGUUUUCAAUUAUACAGGUACCCCAAAUUCAACUGUUAAUACUCCAAUGAAGAAGAGACCAUUGGAUACUGAUGAUCAAAACUAUAUUGGUCACAACAUUCACCCUUUAAAAAAACAUAGAUUUGAAGACGAGGAGGAAAUUAAAAGGGUUGAAGAAGAAAAAAAACGUAUAGAAAUGGAAAUAAUAGAAAAACAAAAACAGGAAAUGGAAACAAUGGAAAGAGAGCGUGUUGAAAGAGAACGUGCUGAAAGUGAACGUGCCGAAAAAGAAAGAUUGGAAAAACUAGAAGAAGAACAAGAGGAACAAGAAGAAAUUCAAGAAGAACAUGAAGAAGGUGGCGAAUGUUACAUUUGCUACGAAAUUAUGGAGGCCAUUAAUGUAUGCACCAUAGAUUGUAACCAUAAAUUUUGUUUCAAGUGCAUUACUGAUUGGUCCAAAAAAAAAAAUACUUGCCCUUAUUGUAGAAAAAGAUUCAAUACCAAAAGAGCACAUAAUGGUGAAUUAUUUCAUGUUGAAAAUAGAGGUCAACUUAGAAAUUUAAAUAAUCAGAUCCCUGAUGAUUUAGAUGACUUUUCCGAUGAUGAAUCUGAUGAAUCCGAUGAAUCCGAUGAAUUUGACGCUGAAGCUAUGUAUAAUCAACUUAGAGAAAUUCGUCGUAGAUAUAAUUUCGAAGAUCCAGAAUUAGAAAACUUAAUGCGAAUCGAUAAAGAACUAGAUAUUAGUUACAUUUUUCCACUCAUAAUUUCAAUUAAUGAUAUUUUUAAAAGUUUUCCAAAUCAUCCGAAACAGAUUCUCAAAGGAAUUCAAAAAUUAGUCACCUCACCUCUUUAUCAAAAUUUCAUCAUACAGUUCAGCUCUUCAGAAAAUAGCAAGUUUAAACUACUAUUGGAGUUACUAAAGAAAAAUUUCGGAUUACCCAAUUCAAAAAUUUUACAGCAGAGUUAUCUCAAAGAAAUACACUUAGAUGGGUUAUUGUGCAGAUUAAAGUUUUCAACCAUCAUUUAA